CAUGGGGCAGAAACCACCAGGCAUGCACAGCCAGGCUGGGAGCAGCUCCGUGGGAUGGAAUCGGAGAGCCCUGCGAGCUGCCGUGAGUCCCUUGUACCCUGCUGCUGGGAAAAGCACCACGCACCCAGCUCCGUGGCACUGAGCUGCUUGGAGCCAGCUGGCUGCUUUCAGAGGGCAGCUUUGAAGGUUUCAACCGUGUGAAGAUGCUGAUGGACAAAAAUGAAUCCUGGUUCUCCAAUUUCUCCUCUGCUGCCUCCUCCUUUGUGAAAGGAGGUGGCAGCUGGGCAGGUGUUGGCCUGCAGGAGGUAGUCAUUGGGCUGAUCCUUACCCUCAUUGACCUGAUCACACUCCUGGGAAAUACAGUUGUCUUCAUCUGCCCGGUGGUGGAGAAGAGGCUGCGCACGGUCACCUAUAUGUUUAUCAUGUCCUUGGCCAUGGCAGAUUUCCUUGUGGCUUGUCUGGUCAUGCCCUUCAGCAUCAUUUACGAGGUGACGGGGAUGUGGUUGUUUGGGAAGCUCUUCUGCAAAGUCUGGAUCUCCUUUGAUGUCAUGUUCUGCACUGCAUCCAUCGUUACCUUGUGCUUCAUUAGCCUGGACAGAUACUGCUCUGUGGUGACUCCAUAUCACUAUUCAAGAAGGAUGUCCCGUGGCAGAUGCAUCCUGAUGACCUGCACAGUCUGGGUAUACUCCUCCCUCAUUUCCUUCCUGCCCGUCAUGCAAGGCUGGAAUGAGAUCCCUGGGGUGGACUUCGAUGCAGGCAGAGAAUGCAUCUUUGUCACCAACUGGAUUUUUGCCAUCGUGGCUUCUGCUCUGGCAUUUUUUGUCCCCUUCAUGGUCAUGUGCAGUAUGUAUUUCUUCAUCUACCGAGCUUCACGGCUCAAGGCCACUCGUAUCAUGUCUCAGACCCUGGACAUCCACUAUCACCCCAACAGCAAGAGGCAGAACCAUCUGCAGCUGGAGAACAAGGCCACACGGACCAUCAGCAUUAUCAUCUCAGUCUUCGUGCUGUGCUGGCUGCCAUACUUCGUGCUGAACGUUUGGCUCGCUGCCAGAGGCACCGACUCCACCAGCACAGUCUUGGUUGACACCUUCAAGAUCAUCACUUGGUUAGGGUAUUGCAACUCCACCAUCAACCCAAUGCUCUACGCUUUCCUGAACCGGGACUUCCAACGGGCCCUGAAGAAGCUGCUGGUUUGCAGGCACAGGUCUCAGGUGGACAUUGGAGAAGACAUGGUUUCCAUAGCCACAUUCUCCAAGACUGCCCCAGAGCUAGAAUAUAGCAUUAUGGUGCCAGUGCCCAACGGUGCCCUGAAGGGCAAACCCAAGCAGUAGGGAUGCAGAGUCAGCUGCUGAAGGUGGUGGUGCAGGAAGUGCCAGAACAUGUCCUAAUGGAAAAAUGAUGGGUAGGAAAACUGGGGAAGGAGAAACUGGAAAACUACAGCUGGGGGCAUGUGACAAAGAUGCUUUUCUUCAUCUUCCACAGUUUUACAAAUGAGGAACUUUGAUAUUUUAGGGGCAGUUUGUUAUAGCUAAUGGAGCUAAUUCCUUCCUGGGUGAUUAUUUUUUAAUGAGCAUUUCCUAAGAUGAAUUCAGUCUUUAUGCUGGGGGAAAACCAAAACAACACAAUGAUAACUUGAAUAUGUCUUUGGGUACAUCCCGGUGAUCCACAACACAAGGUGGGACAGUGUUUGUUUCUCCUCAAGGCACUGCAGCUCUCCUCUUGCAGUUUACAUGAUAAAUUUGUCCAGUUUUAAUGACUCCAUGUGUGUCAAUUUGCAUAUGGAAUCGCCAAUAGCAUGGAGUUUAACAAGGAGAAAUGCUGGGUUUUGCACCUGGGACAUGGUAACCCUGGGUAUACAGACAGUCUGGGGAGGGAGAGGCUGGAGAGCAGCCCUUUGGAGAGGGAUCUGGGGGUUCUGGUUGAUGGCAAGUUGAACAUGAGCCAACAGUUGUGCCCUGG